GCUCGUAUAUAUAUAAGUAGUCUUCCAUGUUGUUAUCUUAUCUUGAAUAAUGUGGAUUUUUCUAUUGAAGUGUGUCCUUUUGGUCAACUGUGUGGAUUUUGCUUUAGCAGACUCUGCGAAUGUUACCUGUGGCCCUGAUGAGGAGUACAACAGCUGUGCCAACGGGGGCUGUGGAAGAUGGAUGUGCUCCCAGAUGGGUGUCGGAUGUUACGACCUUCCGGAAGAAGCGUGUAUACCAGGGUGCAGAUGCAAGGAGCCAAUGCUGAGGACUGACGAUGGAAACUGUGUGCCAGAAGACCAGUGUCCAUCACCAAAAUGUGGAAUCAAUGAAGAAUACGUAGAAUGCAUGGACUCAGUGUGCCGGCCUUUAGCAUGUGCAGCCAUGAGGUCGCCAUUGGACUGCCAGCAAGCUGAUAACAACCAGACCUCUCUGUGCAAUAAUCCUGGGUGUGUGUGCAAGGAGGGAUUUGUAAGGGACGACAUAAACGGAACCUGCAUUCCAACGCAGCAGUGUCUUCUAAAUAUAACUUGUGGUGCUGAGGAAGAAUUUGACAGCUGCGCAACCGGAGACUGCGGCAGAACUUUGUGCUCUGAAAAUUAUACUUCAUGCAUAUUGCCCGUAGACGAUAGUAAAUGCAAGCCUGGCUGUAAAUGCAAGGAUUGGAAGUUGAAAACUGACGAUGGAAGAUGUGUACCUAGUCAUCAAUGUCCCCAACCUUCAUACGUUACCUGUGGACCUGACGAGGAGUACAACAGUUGUUCAAACGGUGGCUGCGGAAGGUGGCUUUGCUCGCAACUCGGCAUCAUAUGCAUCGACCUGAUCUCAGCCGGCUGUGAGCCAGGGUGCAGAUGCAAGUCACCGCUGUUGAGGACAGACGAUGGAAAAUGUGUACCCAAUGACGAAUGUCCACCACCUUCAUGUGGAGUCAAUGAAGAAUUCGUUAAAUGCGAGAAUUCAAUCUGUCGGCCUCAAUAUUGUUACGAUCUAACACGCUUGUCAUGUGACCAUGAUCGUGAUAUAACAUGCAACUAUGCAGCUUGUGUCUGCAAAGAAGGAUUUGCAAGAAACAGCAGAGAUGGAACCUGUAUCCCAGUAGAAGAAUGUUCCAAGGAAGAAAAACUAUUUAAUAUUUUAGACGCCGCAAGUGAACCUCAAAAUUGAAACUGUGUUUUCACUUUAAGCUUUUAAAGCAAUUCCUUCCGGAUUAAACAAUAGCGGAUGUGUUUGAAGAUCGCAUAGACGCUGGCCCUCUGUAUUAUUUUUCAAUUCGUAAAAAUUAUAUUUAAUAACAAAAUUAAA